AACAAUGAAAAAAACGAUGAGAGAGAGUCCCCUGUGACCUGGCCUCCUCUUCCUCACACUCACCCCAUCCGCCUCCCAAUCUACUGUAAAUUUCCUUUCCUACACCGACACUCCUAUUACCCCACUCCUCUCUCUCUGUAUAUAUCUAUAUAUAGAUAUAUAUACACAAACUCACGCACAUAUAUACCUCUAUGUUGAUAGUUUAUAACAAGAAAGUAUCUCUCUACAUUUUGGCACACACUCACGCAUGCUGCUCUCUUUCUCACACACAAACUCAGUGUUGAGGCUACUUGGUUAAAGCUUGGCCUCAGAUCGCCUAUUUCCACCAUUCAAGAGCUCUCAUUAUCAGUGAGCAUCUGUGUGCUAUUGUAAGCUUAUUAUGGGCUCUAAGCAUAAUUCAUCGGGCAACAGAGCACGAAGCCCAGUGUCAAUAUUUGUUGUACUUGGUCUUUGCUGUUUCUUUUAUUUACUUGGAGCAUGGCAAAAGAGUGGUUUCGGAAAGGGAGAUAGUAUAGCCUUGGAACUAACUAAGCAAACAGACUGCAAUGUCAUUUCCACUCUGAACUUUGAACCUCAGCACAAUGAAAUUGCGAUAGUUGAAUCUUCUGAGCCAAAAGCCAAAGUGUUUAAGCCAUGUGAUAUGAAAUACACUGAUUAUACUCCUUGUCAAGAACAAGACCGAGCUAUGACCUUCCCAAGGGAAAAUAUGAUAUACAGAGAAAGACAUUGUCCUCCAGAAGAAGAGAAGUUGCAUUGUCUUAUCCCAGCACCCAAAGGAUAUACAACUCCAUUUUCCUGGCCAAAAAGCCGUGACUAUGUCUACUAUGCUAAUGUUCCUCACAAAAGCUUGACAGUUGAGAAGGCCGUCCAGAACUGGGUACAGUUUCAGGGUAACGUAUUCAAAUUUCCAGGUGGAGGAACAAUGUUCCCUCAUGGUGCAGAUGCGUAUAUUGAUGAACUUGCAUCAGUGAUUCCAAUUGCAGAUGGCUCUGUCAGAACGGCUCUGGAUACUGGUUGUGGAGUUGCAAGUUGGGGUGCUUACUUGCUGAAAAGAAAUGUGUUGACUAUAUCAUUUGCACCAAAGGAUAAUCACGAAGCACAGGUACAGUUUGCAUUGGAGCGGGGUGUGCCUGCUUAUAUUGGUGUUCUUGGAUCAAUACGUCUUCCGUUCCCAUCAAGAGCAUUUGAUAUGGCUCAAUGCUCGCGGUGUCUAAUACCGUGGACAUCAAAUGAAGGGAUGUACCUAAUGGAAGUUGAUCGAGUUCUCAGACCUGGUGGAUACUGGAUCUUGUCUGGCCCUCCAAUUAAUUGGAAGACCUACUACCAAACAUGGAAACGGUCUAAGGAGGAUCUCAAGGCAGAGCAAAGAAAGAUUGAAGAGCUGGCUGAAAAUCUUUGCUGGGAAAAGAAGUACGAGAAAGGAGAUAUUGCCAUCUGGCAAAAAAAAGUAAAUGCCAAAUCCUGCCAAAGGAAGUCGGCAAAUAUAUGUGAUUCCAUGGAUACUGAUGAUGUCUGGUACAAGAAAAUGGACACAUGCAUCACCCCCUUCCCAGAGGUUGCCUCUGCUAGUGAAGUAGCAGGAGGGGAUUUACAAAAAUUCCCAGCUAGAUUGUUUGCAAUUCCUCCCCGAAUAGCUAAGGGGUUUGUUUCGGGAGUCACAGUCGAAUCUUAUCAAGAGGAUAAUAAACUGUGGAAAAAACAUGUAACCACUUACAAAAGGAUCAAUAAAUUGAUUGGCACUACAAGAUAUCGUAACAUAAUGGAUAUGGAUGCAGGCCUCGGAAGUUUUGCAGCAGCACUCGAAUCACCAAAAUUAUGGGUGAUGAAUGUUGUGCCUACUAUUGCUACGGACACUUUAGGUGUAAUUUAUGAGAGAGGUCUUAUUGGCAUAUAUCAUGACUGGUGUGAAGGUUUUUCUACAUAUCCAAGGACAUAUGACCUCAUUCAUGCCAGUGGUGUAUUUAGCUUGUACGAAAACAAGUGCAAAUUUGAAGACAUCCUUCUAGAGAUGGAUCGUAUUUUGCGGCCUGAAGGGUCGGUCAUCUUUCGAGAUGGAGUUGAUGUUCUUAACAAGGUGAAGAAAAUCGCUGGAGGCAUGAGAUGGGAUAUGAAAUUGAUGGAUCAUGAGGACGGUCCCUUUGUUCCCAAGAAGAUUUUGGUUGCUGUGAAGCAGUAUUGGGUUGGCAGCGGAGAGAACACCACCUCUAACGACGAGUAAACCAUGUCAUUAGAUGGGAAUUAACCUGAAAACAACACUACAACACACUGGAAAUGAACUGCUCUGGGUGGAAGAAUUCUAGGGUUUAUCAGUGAUGGCAUCUAUGAGUGGAUUUUCCGAACAGUGAACACCAACCAAAAGAAGUACCUUUGGAUCGUCGUUGUUGAUCUGGUGCGUUUGUGAAAUUUUAUCCUAGGUGAUGUUUUUUAAUGUGAUUGUGGAGGGUGGCGGAAUAGAAUGUGUAGCUUCCCAAAUAAUUAGGAAAUGAUUGUUACGGUCAUAAUAACAAAUUAUGAAGUUAAUGGAGAUACUUUUUGAUUGAAUACAAAGUGAAGAUAUUUAAAUUUUUA